UCUUUGACAUUCCUCUUGGAGCUUUUGAGCCAAUUGAGAAAAUUAGUAAUGGCAGAAGAUAACCAUGCAAUUGGGAUUGAUCUGGGGACAACUUAUUCGUGUGUGGCAACGUGGCAGGCCGAUCAUGUAGAAAUCCUGGUGAACGAUCACGGUAACAGGACAACUCGAUCUUAUGUUACAUUCACUGAUAGUAAGAUGUUGGUAGGUGAUGAAGCAUUUAACCAAGCCGGGAGAUUCCCCACCAACUCAAUCUUUGAUGCGAAGAGGUUAAUUGGUAGGAGAUUCAGUGACGAAACUGUUCAAAGUGAUAUCAAGCGCUGGCCAUUCAAGGUCAUUGAAGGUAAGGCUGACAAGCCCAUGAUUGUGAUUAAACACAAAGGCCAAGAGAAACUGUUUGCUGCUGAAGAUAUCUCAUCAAUGGUUUUGGCAAAGAUGCGGGAGAUUGCGGAGGCCUUCCAUUGCUCAAAGAUUAGUGAGAAAAAGGCAGUUAUCACUGUCCCCUCUUACUUCAACGACUCUCAGCGCCAGGCUACAUUAAAAGCUGGUAAAUUAGCUGGCUUAAAUGUGCUGCGUAUUAUCAACGAACCAACUGCUGCGGCCAUCGCUUAUGGAAUCGACAAGAAGGCUGGUUGGUUUAAAAAGAGAAAUGUGAUGAUAUUUGAUUGGGGUGGUGGUACGUUGGAUGUGUCACUACUUACCAUAGGCCAUGGUGUCUUUGACGUGAAGGCCACUGCCGGAGAUACUCACCUUGGCGGUGAAGACUUGGAUAACAGAAUGGUGAACUACUGCAUCGAAGAAUUCAAGACAAAACAGAACGUGGACAUUGGUGGAGACGCCAAAGCUCUUCGGAAGGCCAAAAUUGCGUGUGAGAAAGCAAAGAAGGCACUUUCGUUUUCCUUUGACACUGGUAUCGAAAUUGACUCUUGGUAUAAGGGUGAAGAUUUUCAUACAACUUUUACACGCGACAAAUUCGAAGAACUGAACAUGGACAUCUUCAACAAGUGCAUGGAGCCUGUUAACAAGUGUUUGGAGGAUGCCAAAAUGGACAUAAGCGAGGUCGAUGACGUUGUUCUUGUUGGUGGGUCUUCUAGAAUCCCCAAGGUUCAAGAGCUAUUGCAGGAGGUUUUCAAGGGUAAGGAGUUGUGCAAGAGCAUUAAUCCUGAUGAGGCCGUGGCUUAUGGAGCGGCUGUUCAAGCUGCAGCCUUGAGUGGGAACGUAACUGGAAAGCUUCAAGACUUCACUCUCUUAGACGUCACCCCUCUAUCACUUGGGGCAAUUGGGAUCGAUCUGGGAACGACCUAUUCCCGCGUAGCCGUGUGGCAGAAGGAUCAUGUAGAAAUCAUCCACAAUGAUCACGGGAACAGGAAGACUGCAUCUUAUGUUGCCUUCACUGAAACUGAUGAGACUCAUUUGGUAGGUGAUGCAGCAUUUAACCAAGUCGUCAGAAACACAGCCAACUCCAUCUUUGAUACAAAGAGGUUAAUCGGUAGGAGAUUCAGUGACCCCUCUGUUCAAAGUGAUGUGAAGCUCUGGCCAUUCAAGGUCAUUGAAGGUCCAGGUGACAAGCCCAUGAUUGUGGUUGCACACAAUGGCCAAGAGAAACAAUGUUCUGCUGAAGAUAUCUCAUCCAUGGUUCUGGAAAAGAUGAGGAAGAUUUCCGAGACCUACUUGGGCUCAACUGUGAAAAAUGCAGUUAUCACUGUCCCUGCUUACUUCAAUUACUCACAGCGCCGAGCUACAAAAGAAGCAGGCAUCUCUGCUGGCCUAAAUGUAUUGCAUAUUACGAACGAACCAAGUGCUGCUGCCAUUGCUUAUGGCCUUAACAAGAAGGCCGGUUGGAGUAGCCCAAAAAACGUGAUGAUAUUUGAUUUGGGUGGUGGCACUUUAGAUGUGUCAUUGCUUACCAUGAGCUCUUCUGGUGACUUUCAAGUCAAGGCAACGGCUGGAGACACUCACCUUGGUGGCCAAGACUUCGAUAGCAGAUUGGUGAAAUACUGUGUUGAGGAAUUCAAGAGGAAGUACAAAUUGGAUGUUAGUGGAAAUGAAAGAGCUCUUAGGAGGUUAAAAAAUGAAUGUGAGAAAGCGAAGAAGAGACUCUCAUUUGAGUCUGACUUCGAGGUUGAAAUUGACUGUUUGUGUGAGAAUACUGAUUUCACCAUAACUUUUACUCGUGCCAUAUUUGAACAACUAAACGGGGAUUUAUUUAUCAAGUGUAUGGAGCCUGUGAAGAAGUGCUUAACGGAUGCUAACAUGGACAUAAGCAGUGUCGACGAUGUUGUUCUGGCCGGUGGCUCUACUAGAAUUCCCAUGGUGCAACAGCUAUUACAGGAGUUUUUCAAGGGGAAGGAGCUGUGCAAGGGCGUUAAUCCGGAUGAGGCAGUGGCAUAUGGUGCCGCGGUUCAAGCCGCAACCUUGACUAGGAAUGGCAAAGGGGAGUUUAUUCAGGACUACACUCUCAAGGACGUCACUCCUCUUACAAUUGGUUUGGAGUUUUCAGAUAAUAAGAAGUUCGUAAAGUUGAUUCCAAGAAACUCACUAAUUCCCGUCAAGAAGAAAAUAAAAUGUCCUAUCAAGGAUAACCCAGUUUCGGUCGACUUCCGCAUGUACGAGGGUGAGAGUAGCACGCCAGCCAAUCUCAACUUUUUGGGUGAAUGCAGCCUCCGUUACAUUCCUCCAGCUCCCAAACUUGUUCAUAAUUUCGAUGUUUUCUUCGAAAUUGAUCCCGAUGGCAUCUUGAGUGUCUUCACUGAAGAUAAGUCCUCAGGCCAGAAGAAUGAGAUCAUAAUCAACCGUGACGGACCGAAGAACUUUGAGGGAAUUGAGAGAGAGGUUAUGUGGUUUUAAGGUGAUAUCAUGCGUUUGUGAUCUACUUCAUCCACGGGAUACUUGCAGCCCCAAUAUUCCUUACCAACUAUGGCCGUCUACACUACGACGCAUCGCAGCAUUCGUAACUGUUGCAUCUGUACUUGUCAACUCAAUGGUCCUCACCAUGCGGUGCCUCACUGUUUUCUUAUUAAUGCUUGAUUAUUACGCUCUAUAUUUCGUUUAAGCUGUGUUAAAGUUGAAUAUUUUGUUAUACAAACUGGUUACAACAAAUUGGGCUCAUUCAGCUGGAGCUGGUAUUGCGCUUGAUUUCUUUGAUGGGCUCAUUCGAGCUUGGUUUCUUUGUAGAAUAAACAAUUCAAGCUGAUUGGGAAUGGGUUGAA